GUUCACAAGGUUGUGACGUUCAGUGAGCUACGAGACGUUGUAAGAACAGGUUGUGUCGUGCUGCUUUGAGUAACAUGAAGUUGGAAGGCUCUAGUACUGAUGAUUGUCUUCUUGGUGAUAGGAAGGGAUCAGUGAAGGUGACGAUUACACAGUGCCAACCCAAACAGCUGACUCACCUCCCCAAGAGGCAGCCCGUGGACAUCGGCUUCAGUGACUUGACCUACACCGUAUCCGAAGGCAGGAAAAAACAUGGGAAACAAAUACUCAAAUCUGUCAGCGGGCGAUUGCGGUCAGGAGAGCUUACUGCCAUUAUGGGGCCAUCUGGAGCUGGCAAGUCAACCUUGCUGAAUAUUCUUACAGGAUAUAAGACUUCUGGAAUGAAUGGGUCCAUCACGAUCAAUGGGCAAGAACGCAACCUCAGUCAGUUUCGCAAGCUGUCCUGCUACAUCAUGCAGGACAACCAACUGCAUGCCAACCUAACGGUGGAGGAGGCCAUGCGUGUUGCGUCAAACCUCAAGCUUGGCAAGGAUUUGAAUAAGGAUGAAAAGCAAGAAGUGGUGCAAGAAAUCCUAGAAACUUUGGGUCUGCAAGAGCAUCGUAAAACAAUGACCAGCAAUCUCUCUGGUGGCCAGAAAAAGCGGCUGUCGAUUGCCCUUGAGUUGGUGAAUAAUCCACCCAUCAUGUUCUUUGAUGAGCCCACAAGUGGUCUGGACAGCUCGUCAUGCUUCCAGUGCAUCUCACUGUUGAAGUCUCUGGCCCGAGGUGGUCGAACAAUCAUCUGUACCAUCCACCAGCCGAGUGCCAGGCUUUUUGAGAUGUUUGACCACUUGUACACACUGGCUGAAGGGCAGUGUGUGUACCAGGGUUCAACACAACAACUUGUGCCUUUCCUUAGCACCCUUGGACUCGUGUGCCCAAGUUAUCACAACCCAGCAUCGUUUGUGAUUGAGGUAUCGUGUGGAGAAUAUGGUGACAACAUUCGUAAAUUGGUGAAUGCUAUCCAGAAUGGAAAACAUGAUAUCCGUACAGGAAAACCAUUCCCAGAGCUACCACCAGCGGAAGUUCUCAACAAUGCUGGUGUGAAACUCACAAAUGGUAAUGGAGUCUUUGGUGCAAAAGCAGUUGAGAUUGGAGAUGCUGGCGGUGUCAAGUACAGUGACAGCGUGAAUCUGUAUCAUCCUCAUGUUACCAAGGAGGAACAAGGCGCUGAAGCCAUUCCUCCAAAUGUCGUUAUUCCUGUGGACCUGACGGCUUCGGAAAAGGCGCCUGACAAUGUGACAGCAGCGCUGCUAGACACAGGCUUUGUUGCAAGUCCACGGCGGUACCCGACCUCGGAAUUUACGCAGUUCUGGAUUGUUCUGAAGAGGACUCUGCUCUUCAGCAGGCGAGACUGGACUCUGAUGUACCUGCGACUAUUUGCUCAUAUCCUGGUCGGGCUUCUGAUCGGCGCCCUGUAUUACGACAUCGGUAAUGACGGAGCCAAGGUCCUGAGUAAUUUGGGUUUCCUCUUCUUCAACAUGCUGUUCCUCAUGUACACAUCCAUGACAAUCACCAUCCUCUCGUUUCCAUUGGAAAUGCCUGUUCUUGUGAAAGAGAACUUCAAUCGCUGGUAUUCGCUGAGGUCGUACUAUCUUGCCAUAACAUUAUCUGAUAUACCAUUCCAGGCAAUUUUCUGUGUGAUCUAUGUCACAAUAGUAUACUUCUUGACAGCACAGCCAUGUGAAUUUUCAAGGUAUGCCAUGUUCCUUGCCGCGUGUCUUCUCAUAUCCUUUGUUGCACAGAGUGUUGGAUUGGUUGUAGGAGCUGCCAUGAACGUUCAGAAUGGUGUCUUCUUGGCUCCUGUGAUGUCAGUGCCCUUCCUUCUGUUUUCUGGUUUCUUCGUCAGCUUUGAUGCAAUACCAAUAUAUCUCCGCUGGAUCACCUAUCUCAGUUACAUCCGUUACGGCUUCGAAGGGACAGCCCUAGCCACCUACGCAUUCGGUCGAGAAAAACUCAAAUGCCAUCAGGUGUACUGUCACUUCAAGUCUCCAAUGACAACCCUGGAGGAACUAGAUAUGGUAAAUGCAGAUUUCACCCUGGAUAUUGUUGCCUUGAUUGUUAUCUUCUUUGUGCUGAGAGUAUCUGCAUUUGUGUUUCUGCGCUGGAAGCUCCUUUCAACAAGAUGAGCUUUUCUCAUCUCUAUCGCAGCUGGUUGAAUGAAGCGUAACCAUGUCAUUGUUUGGAUGUUUCUGAAGCAGGAAGUGCGGGCUAAUAUUAAAUGCUUAAAAGACUACUCAAGUCUCAGGAUGGUCACACGUUCUAUCACAGUGGUUUGAGUUCUGUGAUGGGACCAAAAUAUUUCAGGUUCAGUCAUGCAAGUUUGUUUUUCUUCAUGAAGUUACAAGCGGUUUGCGUUUGAACCAUUUAUCACAUUUUGACAACAGCUUUUUAUACAGAAGGGAUAAUUUUGUAAUGAUCAGUGAUGGUGGUGGUGAAGGUAGAUUUUGAUAUGCCACAAGUUUGAAAAUUAGAAUUGUAGUGAUUUAUAACUGUAACACUAGCAGUCUGUUACUUUAUCAUUUUUCAAUAAAAUGUUCUUGGGUGUUCAGGCGCGUAAGUUGGUUAAACGAUGAAACCUAUGUUUCAGGGACCAUCGCUGUCCCCAUCACCAGGGUUCUGAUUCCUGAAACAUCGGUUUCAUCGUUUAACCGUCUGACGCGGCCGAUCGCCCGAGAACAUUUUGAGUUACGUCACCGCGAAAGCUUCAAAUCAUAUUUAAUCAUCAAAAAUGAUUAAAACAUUUGCUGCUUACAACCACGGUUGUUGUGCAAAUGAGCAAGCAUGUUUGUGUCUCAGAAGUAUUACUGUUCUGUCAGAACAUUCCUAUGCCACAUCACAACUUUUGAAUCACACGUGGAGGGCUGUGUCUGUGUUUGCAGUUUUGUUGUGCGAUUCUGCCAUAAAAAUUUAUAAGUUGAAGGAACAAGAACAUAAAAAUGAAUAAUUUUUUAUCUUAAUUACAUGAUUUUAUGAGACUGAGACUUAUUCAGGUAGUUCCUCUGUUGAUUGCAGACUGGGUUGGAGUGCAAACUUUUCUGUACACAGAUCACAGUCCUCUCCAGUACCAAAGCUAAUGGCUCUGAGAUUGUGGUCGAUAUCAGGCUCACUCGACACUAACCUCCGUCUUCACAUCUUGCCUAGGAUGGAAUAGGCAUGCCUGGUAUGAAGCGAGUCUCAAUAUUUUGUAAUAAUACAAGCAUUAAAAUGUAGCUUAGGCAUGAAAUCUGACACUCAAACUAUAGUAAGCUUAUUUUUAAAAAAUGUCCUUUAUUGUAUGGAAAUUUUUGGUAUAUGCAUUCAUCACAUAAUCUAUUUUAUGUUCUGUACAUUGUUGGUUAAUUAUACAGAUUUGUAUAACUGAAUUAUCUUGUACCAAUGUAGUAUUUUCUUACAAAAUAUAUCGUUAUUGUGUUA